AUGAGUAACCAAACGGUUGUGUCUUUAGGAAUUGAUUUUGGUACAACUUUUUCUUCUGUAGCUUAUUAUGACCCUUUGAAUAAAGUUCUUUCUACUAUUAGUGAUGAAGGAGGGAAUAGCCAAAUUCCGUCAUGGGUAAGUUUCGCUAAAAUGGAAGAUAGUGGGGUUAUUGUUGGAAAUGGAGCAAAGAAUGAAACUUUUGGUGAGUGUGUUUUAUAUGAUCCUAAACGAAUUAUAGGAAGUAACAUACGUGAUAUUAGUGAUGAAGAUAAAAUUCAUUGGCCAUUUACAGUACAAGGAAAUGAGAAUGGAAAGGCAUGUAUGGAGGUAUACAAUCCUCUUACACAAGAAAAUGAAAUAUUUGAACCAGAAGAAAUAUCAGGAAUGAUAUUAAAAUAUCUUAGUUUUAUGGCUAAAUCAAAAUUAAAAAAUACACAAAUUAACAAUGUUAUUAUUACAACUCCUACAGAAUUUGAUGAUAAAAAAAGAAAUGCUAUUUUAGCUGCUUGUAAAUUGGCAGGAAUAGAAAAUGUUGGACUAGCUAAUGAGCCAGUAGCAGCUCUUUUAGAGUACAAGAGAACUCACAAUGAUAUUCUUAGUAAUGGUUCUAAAGUUGUUGUAAUAGACUUUGGAGGAGGAACAUUAGAUAUUUGUUGUUGUAAGAUACAAGGAAAUGAAACUAAUACUAUAUCUAUUGGAGGAGAUAAGAAUUUAGGAGGGAAUGAUUUUGAUUCAGCAUUGAUGGAAUUAAUAGAAAAGAAGGUUUAUUCAUCUGAAUUGGUUGAUAAAACAUAUUUCAAAAAAAGACAAGGAAUGUCCCAUUGUGAAAAGGAAAAAAUAAUUAAAGCUAUUAACAGAUUAAAGAAAGAGGCUGAACGAGUUAAAAUUGAACUGAGUAAAAGAAUAGAUUGCGAAAUAAAUUUAAGUUACUUGUUAUCAGAUGCUUAUAAUGAAGAUAUUGAUAUAGUUUUAAGUGUUUCAAGGAAAGAGUUUGAACAAGUUUGCGAAAGUAAAGGAUUAUACAAAAGACUUAUUUCAAAGAUAAGAGAAGUCACAGGGGCCUGCGGUUUUGUAGGAAACUCUGUUCAAUUAGUUUUAUUAGUUGGUGGAACUUGUUUGAUAAAAAGAGUAAGAGAAGAAAUAGCAAAACUAUAUGAUAAAAAGAUUUUUUCUGAUAUAAACUUUGAUUCACUUACUGCUGUUGCAAAAGGAGCUGCUUAUUUAGCAUAUUUGAAAGGUGAAAGUUCAAUUAGUAAAGAAAAAGUAUAUGAAAUUGUACCAAAAUCUAUUGGUAUAGAAAUAAAUGAAGGAAUGUUCCAAGUGCUCAUUAAUCAAGGAGAAAAAUUACCUACCCAUGAAAUAACAAAGACCUUUAAAACUUACAAAACAAAUCAAGAAGUUGCUGAGUUUAGGAUUUACAGAGGUAGUGGUAAAUAUACUAAUUCUCCUGGUGUUGAAUUUAUUACAAAAAUGAGUAUAAAGGGAUUUCCUUUAGGACCAGCUGGAAGUAUAGUUUUUAAAUUUAAAUUAAAAAUAAAUGAAAAUGGACUUAUGGAAUUAUCUGCAAAUGUUUUUAGAACAAACAUCCAUGAAGAAUUAAUAGUUAGUCUUGAUUUGGAGAAAGUUGAUGAAAUGUUUGAAAGAUUAAGACAACACUUUGAUCUUUUCCCACUAUAUUAA